CGCAGCUCGUUUACCAGUUAUGUUGGCUUGCAGGAUGCUUAUUCAGCACCCGCUGGGCCAAGCCUCUUCCAUUGCAGUUGGUCAGGACUCAGGAGACGACAAGAUUGCCAUCUACUUACUGAUUGUCUUUAACUAAAAAAUAAGUACACUGCACUACCCAUGACCCUAAUAGCAUUUCAAUAUCCCAGACCCUUAGUUACCGAAAAACGCCAAGAACUUGAUCUCUAAGGCACGUGCACUUGUGGGACAGUCAGACAAGUAAUAGCAACUGCUAGCAAGUAUUCCCUUGCUACCGCGCAUUGAACUGGAGACAGAUCAAAUAAAAGAAGACAUGGAGAAUAGCACUGCAUCAGAAGGCAAAGAUCCAUCAGUCUUUCUGAGUGAGAUUAUUGGUGCCCCAGUCACUGUGAAGUUGAACUCCGGCGUUGUCUACAAAGGUGAACUUCAAUCAGUAGAUGGUUACAUGAAUAUUGCCCUAGAAAGGUCCGAGGAAUAUGUGAAUGGGAAGCUAAGGCGAAGUUAUGGAGAUGCCUUUGUGCGAGGAAAUAAUGUGCUUUACAUCUCUGCAAAUUAAGGUUCUGAUGGGUGAUUUUUACGGAGUAGCAUUGUCACUCAUCGGUUAAACCGCGCUAUGUCCGCCAAAUCAAGCUACAAAAUGUCCCAACAUGGCAUAUCAGAUGCGAGGGAAGGAGGGAAAUUGCUGGUACCACAAUAACAGCAAGCUGGCUGAAAAAAGGAAAAACUUCAGUGACCAAUGCCUUUCCUAUACUCACGUCUAGUGCCGUCCUAUCAACGUCGGAUCAUCUUUCCCAUGACAGCUCCAGUCAUAGGGGAGGCUUUACUUUUGCCCCUGUAUUGAUUGCCACCACGACAAUUUAAAAGCCCUAUAUAAUACCUACCCGAACUCUGUAACACAAAUAACCCUCCAGUCACCUAACACCGAGUAUUUCCUCGCUGUCGUUGGGAUACCCGAAAACAGAACAACCCUACUGUCGGGCUAUGAUAUUACGGCCUAAUAAAAUUUACAUAAUAGACUCUGGAUAGAAUGUGAAUUACUGAGUGUUUGCUGCCUCUGCCGAUUGUUGGGAUUUACCAAAGCACAUGCCGAAUUUUGCGUUCAUUUGGCAGCUUGAAGAAAUUAACUGGACGUACGGUUACUUAAGUGCAUAUAGAGAACUAUGUACUACUCUGGAGUAAAUCAGAUAAAAGUACAGG